UGACGGAGGAGGCUGGCUGCAGCAGCUCCUCGCUGCACCAGUGUGCUCGGCGUGGCUGGCCUGAACGCGUGUUUUACCACCUACGCACCGCGAAAAAAAGCUGCCAGCCAGCUCUUAAAAAAAGAACUCUUAAACAAAGGAAAAAAAAAACAACACGGCCUAAAAUUUCAAAAACAUUCGACAGUCAAAAAUUCAAUAAAAACCAAAUCUUUGGCAAACAAAAUUUACAGUUUCGGGAUCCAAAUUACGCGCCUGCGUAACGGUCACCGCUCACCGCUCAUACGCCACCGCCACACGCUCACCACAUUCAGUUUUUGUGCAAUAGACGCUAUUAAGUUUCCACAUAAUCAUUAAACAAUAGUUGUUAAGUGAAUAAGUAAUUCAGCAACACUUGAACUCUGUACAAGACUUUUACAACAAACCGGUUUUAAGUUUUUAGCUGUAACUAGUGUAGAGGCAACUGCGGGAGUUCAGCUUGGAUCCGUUGUGCCCAGGGCUAUUGGAACAACAUCCACAACCAUCCAGGAGGAGCUGCCGAACGACGAAGAAGAAGAAGAACAUCCACCAUUCCACCCCACGCGUCCAUGAUCCACAGAAGACACAGACCAUGGAUUCGUAGAUGCUAAUGCCGAUGGAGUAAAUGAAAAGGAAGCGGAUAAACGCAACCAUUUUAUAGCAAAAGAGACAUUAGCACAAACAAAAUAAAAGCUAUCGCCAUUUGACGAUAAAGAAACACGUUUUUUCGCAAUAGAACAAGUUUUAAGUUUAUAUCAACCGUUAUUACAAGGAAUCAAUAGAAAAGAGGAUUUAAGAAUUUAAUUUCUUUGAGUACGAUUAAACAACACUGGUUAUUUUGGAAAACUUUACGAUUGAGUUCUCUAAUUUUUAUAUACAAACUAUCUACAAUAUAUCUAUAUUAGUGAAGAAUAAGUGAAGAAACUCUGGUAAUAAAUAUUAAGGCUAAGUGAUAUUGAAAACUUUCGGCACCUUAAGAAUCUCGGAACACUUUCGACCAAUUUCAUCGACCACCUCCUGAAUACAUGGUAGAUGGAAACAAACUAACAAAAGAACAAAAUUGCGUGCCUUAAAUUGGCCUUAAAUUCUUAGGAAAAAGUGAUAAGCGUUAACAAAAAACAAAGAAAAUUCAAAAAAACUCUAAAUUUUAUCAAUUUUACCUACCUGUUAAAGCGACUUCUAGAUUUCUUUAAGAGUACAAAAUUAUAAGGAAAUUAACGUUAAGCAUUAGUUAAAUGUUUAUGUUAUUUCGAUACCUAUAAAAGUUUUGUAUAAAAAUAUGUAUAAAAAAGUUAUGGGCUUGAAAUACAAAAGGGCUGUAUAUACAAUAAACAAAUAAGACAAUACAUAAAACAACUGCAACUUAGAAGAUAAGGAAACAGAAGAGGAAGGAAGAAGUAACAAAGUAAAUACUGCAAUCAACAUAGAAGAAACACUUCAAGAAGAUACUGCAAACAACAUAGAAGAACUUCAAGAGCAUAAAGAAGAACCACUCUUGAAACAACUCAAAGAAAAAACCAAUCCAACUGAAGCAGACGUCGCAGGUCCGCCGACGCCGAGCGCCCGCUCGCAUGAACUUGUGACGAUUCGCCCAAAACUGGAAUUAAUGUUGAAGUACUUCAAUGAGAACAUUUCCCUUGCGCUGCAGGAGAGGUAUAGGGACCUCCAUGAGUUCCGCAAGACGGAGGUAGAGGACUCGCCGCGCGAGGCGAAGGUGGCGAAGAUAUCGGACGAGGGGGCCUCCCCGGGCGAGGGGUUCGGGGGGGAGGGGCCGCCUUUCCAGCGGCUGCUGGACCAGCCGAAGGAAGAGGAGAACUUCGUGGCCUCGUGGCUGCAGAACAGCUUCAAGAUGACGGCGGCUGAGAACAGCGAGGCGAGCGCGGGGGGCAGUGCGCUAGACCUACGAGCCGCGCCGCUCUCGCUCCACAUACCGGCGCUGCAGCAGGCGGCUGAAGCUCAGAGACAGUUCAAGAUGUCGGCAGACUUCUGGAACCGCAGUAGGCCCCCGAGCCCCGGGCAGGAGGAGCCCCCGGCCCCCGCGACCCCGCCGCCCCCGCCGACCCCCGAACACAAGAUCAUCACGGAGAAACUCGUCAAUGAAAUACAGGGACAGCAGCAGCAAUCGCCCUCCGCCGACUCCACAAUGAGCGAAAGAUCGCUCGUACCAUUUGCGCUGCCUCAGCAGCAGUCGCCGCCCGGUGACGCCCCCAUGGGGGACCGCAACGCCAUGUUACCAUUCGCUCUGGUAAAUUACCUGAAUAGCCUCAAUAUCGAUCAACAGGCGAGGCAGGGCCAGAGCAUCAGCGAGCGAACGUUGGAGGAAUGCUGGUCCACACUGCAGCGAAUAUUCAUGCACAAAAACGCCAUGCAGAUGCACGCCCGGGAACUCCAAAGAGGUCUAGGCGGAGAGGUCAAGCCACACCAGUGCCAGCAGUGCCUCAAGUCUUUCUCCUCCAACCACCAGCUGGUCCAGCAUAUCCGGGUCCAUACGGGAGAGAAGCCAUACAAAUGCUCGUACUGCGACCGCCGGUUCAAACAGCUGAGUCACGUCCAACAACACACCAGGCUGCAUACGGGCGAGAGGCCCUACAAAUGCCACCUCCCCGACUGCGGGCGAGCCUUCAUCCAGCUCUCCAACCUACAGCAGCACCUGCGCAACCACGACGCGCAGGUCGAGAGGGCCAAGAACAGGCCCUUCCACUGCAACAUCUGCGGCAAAGGGUUUGCCACUGAGAGCAGUCUGAGGACCCACACGGCCAAGUGCUGCACGGGCCUGGGCCUGCCAGGGAGCGGCGACGACGGUUGGCUGCAACGCUGCCAAAAUAUGGGGAAAUUAGAUAUCUUCAAUACGGAGCUUCAGCUGCACCUUGGUGUUUUGCAGCAACACGCCGCCCUCAUGAUAGGGGGCGCCACCGCCACGCCUUGCCCCAUCUGCCACAAGGUCGUUUUCGGCGGAGAAGCCCUUGUCGAACACAUGAAAAACACCCAUAAGGACCCGAAUGCAUCCGGCGUUGCCAGCCCGCCCGCCACGUCACCGUACCCGGCGCAAGCUAAACCUACAACUGAUCCUUAUAUAGCGAAGCGGCGGACGGCCAACCACCCGUGCCCUGUCUGCGGGAAGCACUACGUCAACGAGGGUUCGUUGAGGAAGCACCUGGCCUGCCACCCCGAGACCCAGCUCACCAGCCAGCUGCGCAUGUGGCCCUGCUCCGUCUGUCAGGCUGUCUUCACGCAUGAAAGCGGUCUCCUCUCCCACAUGGAGCACAUGCGCAUGGAGCCGAAGCACCAGUUCGCGGCUCAGUACGUGCUGUCCCGAGCUGCUGCGGAGCGCCGCGAGCGCGACAUCAUCGCCGCGGUCUCCGCCUCGGCCGGCGGCUCCGGGCUGCUCAACCUCGCGCCCCCCUCGCCCGCGCACUCCGACUCCUCCUCCAACGGACGCCUGUCUUCCUCAGCUGGCUCCGAAGCCGGCGCUGCAGUCAACAAACUCACGGAUCUGCUGCGAUCAGCGAACAAUGGACACCAGUUCGGAGGGGAUGAAAGGGUAGCUGCUAUCGCAGCGGCAGCGGCCAACAUGAUGGCGCAGCCUGGUGAAGGAGCUAAUGCCGUGCAAGUGGCUGCGGCUAACCUGGUGUCGGCAAUGAGACAGCAAUUGGCUGCAAGAGAGCAGGCGGCACCGGUCCCGCCGCCGCCGGAGACCCCUCCCGCCAGCGACGCCGCGCUGAGGAUCCAGCAGGCGGAGGCCUUGUUGAGGAGCCAGGCCGAGGCGCUGCGCCUGGCGGUGUCGCAGGCGCACGGCGAGCCCGCCAGCCCGCUGCGGCACAACGGCGGCUUCCCCCCGCAGCCCGCGGACGCCCCGCAGCUGUCCCCCGAGCUGGUGGAGGCUUUCCGCCUGGCGCAGGAGCAGCGGCUGGAGCAGGCGCUGCGGCUGCACGACCCGCGCAUGCUCGGCAACCUGCCCUUCAACCUGCCUUCGCCCGCGCAGCAGGCCGCCGCCGCGCAGCAGGCAGCGGCGCAGCAGGUCGCGCAACACGCCGCGCAGCAAGUCGCGCAGCACGCGGCGCAACAGGCCGCCCAGCAGGCAGUCCAGCAGCAGCAGCAGUUACAGCAGCAGCAGCAGGCCGCGCAGCAAGCGGCGCAACAAGCGGCGCAGCAAGCAGUACACCUGCAGCAGAACCCCCAGCCAUGAGAAUUUAACUUCUACUAAUCGCACGCGAUUUCGUCUAGAAAUUUAGAUUUAGAUAUUUAUACACAGUAAGUUUAGAAACGCCGAUGAUACACGCAACAUGUUCCUCACGAUCGAUAUACGAAGAAAUCGCCUCCGAUUAGUCCUGAGUUGUUUUGUUGCGACAUGUUUUUGAGAUUAGUUUUGGAUGGAAAAUAGAAUAAAUUGAUUUUGUCGACAAAACUAUAGUGAAAUUGUAAGAAGUCGCCGUUUACAGUUUAAAUAAUUUCGUGAGCCUAGAUAGAGCUAACUUAUAAGUAAAUAAACAAAAGUUAUUAAAACUAAUAACUACCGAUUAGCAAAAACCCUUUCUGUAAAUAUAAUAAAAAUAGUAAUCGUACGUAAAUUAUACAAAUUAUAUGGAACAAAAACUCGCCCAAAACGAUUGAUUAGAUAAAAUAUAGAAUUAUUGACAAAGUAACUUCUGUGCAAUCUUCAGCAAUUUGUUUUCUUUUUAUAUUUUAUUGCGUGGUUUAGUAGUGUUAUAAUAUUUUAGUGAUAUUAUACGUAAAUAUAUAAUUAUUUGUGGCUUAUUUUAGUACAAACUUUUGGAUGUGCCAAACUAUUAUAGCACUUGUAUCGCAUUUAGCACUUUUUACUUUGCAGUUUUCUUCUAUUUAAAACUUUUUUAAGGCACACACAAAUGAAAAUAAACAUAUUUUGAUGUUGUGAUGCGGAAAUUUGCAUUAAACCAACAACAUUUUACUUCUAAAUGCAUUUACAUAAUUAUAUACCCAAUACAUUAUUUUGGUGUGUCAAUGUUUUCUUUACAAAAGUCUAUUUAAAUUAAUAUAUUUUUAUCUUCGAUUCGCAAUAGCAAGCUAGUCACGUUAGAUGGACGCACAAAUUUUUAAAUUAAUGAACAAAAAACUAAAUUGUUUAUUGUUUUUUUACAUUUAUUCUUCGCUGUAAACUUUAUUUUUAAUAUAAAUGCCAUACUAGAUAAUAACUAAUGUGUACAUAAAUAAUUAGGAGCAUUACGUACCGUUAACGCCUUUGUUUAACAAAAAUAACGAUUUAUUUUAUUACAAAAGCAAUUAUUAUUUUAUUCAGAACAAUUAUUUACACACGAUUUGUAUACUUGUACAUAGGGAGCAUAUUAUUAUUUUAUUAUUAUUUUUCAGAAGACUGCCGUUACAGAUAUUGAUUUUUGUAAAUAUGAUUAAAAUAUACAGUCGUAAAAUAUAAUAGCGAUUAUUCACUGACGAAACAGAGGACAAUACAAUACAAGACCUAUACAUGCAAUUAACUCACUCAAAAGCACAUGUAUCGAAGCAAAUAAUUAUAAUUAACAUCAAUUCUUCGACAAAAGUUUGAGUACCAUGGACAUACACAAGACAUUCUAUGUAUUAUGUACAACACAGUGACGUAACAACGUCAUCACUAUAUACAAACAACAACUAGCCCUAACAACAAACAUUCUAAUUUUAUUUUCUAACACAUCAUAAUUAAAUUUCAUAGCCCAGAAUAUAUUUUUACGAUUACAGUUAUAAAUAACAUGUAAUCAAACAACAUAAUAACAGUAAAUACAAUAGCCCAGAACAACACAUCGGAAGAUGUACACACAACAGUUGCCACUGCAAUAGUUAAUAGUUGAAAUUACAGAAGCGUUAGUUGAUAAACUCAGUUGGUUGUCAAAAAAGUUGGUUAUCAACUAGCGUUUCUGUAAAAGAUUAAAUAAAUCAAGUUAAGAGAAUGUCAAGUGUUGCCGAAUAUUAAUACUUUUAAUAUUUAUCAUCAUGUAUCAUAACUAAGUGCAAGUUUGUGUAAACAAUUCUGUGUAAACCGAGGUGUUUACACAAAUUUUACAGUAAUAUGUAAUCGUUAAUAGGUAAGGUAAUAGUAAGCCGAUUUAAAGUACGUAAUUGUUUCAAUCUUGAAUUAAAAUUGGUAUAGACGUCCGAUAGUAGUGAUUACACAACUGUCUGUAAAAUGUGUAAUCAAGAUUACUGAUGACGUUAUAUCAAUGUAUAUAGAUACAAAAAUACAAUGCAAUAGCCCAAAAAUCGAUAUAAUUUGUGUCGUGAUUUUUGGUUAUGGAUAAAUAUUUGUUGAAGUAUUUCUUUCCAUUACGAGUAUUUUUCAGUUUAAAAUACAAUACUUUUCGGCAAGUUUUUUCUUAUUGUUUGGUAUGCAACGGCCAGUAACAUCAACCAAUGAUGAAUCCAGGAACGUGAGACAAAUCUGAUUAGACAAACAAGUUUCGACUGAUUAUUACAUAUUUGAAUGCAAUAAAAAAAUUACCAAAAGUGAACCGAUCGCUAUAUUAUGUAAAAAUGUCCUCAUAAAAAUUAAUAUAUCUAUAAAUAAACUUAAAUGUAAACAAAAAUGAAGUUCCUAUGAAUAUUGUAUAGACGGUAUUGUUUUAAAUCUAGAUCUUAGUAGAAGGAAAAAUUUAUGGACGUUUGGUAUUUUUAAAGAUAUGAUUAAUAAAAAAAAACAUCUUGUAAAGGAACUGAGUACUCCGGUGCUCGUGGAGAGAAGCACGGAUGUGAAUCCUACAUUAGAAUUUUAGAUCAAAAGUUACGUUUCCAAGAAAGUGUUCAAAGUCGCAAAAUGACGUGCGGAUUUUUGUGCGUUUUUUUAACUUUAUUUGUACAGAAAUUAUUGUAUUCGUGUGUAUUUUCGGAUGCGAGACAACACUCGUUUUGAGGUCGGGGUUGACACUCUGAACCAAUUGUAAAUUUUACAAAAAAUAUGUAAAAUAUCAUAUUAAAAAAAUACGUACAAAAAUCCGGCGCGACCUUCAUAUUCUGUGAUCAUCAUAAAUGGAAUAGCUAUAAUGAGAACCGUGUCUGCAAUUUCUCAAAAGUUAAAUAUUUAAUUUUCGAAAUAACAAAUUUUGUAUGGAGAAAAAUUGAAUUUUUUCUAUAUUUAUUUUACAAUGAAAAAUUUCGUAGUUAAGCUGUGUACAUUCAACACUAACGUAAAAGCCUAAUUAUCAGUAAAAAUGUGUCGGCUUUUGUAAGCCAUCCUGUACGGGGGGUGAUGAAACAUGCAUAAUAUUUUGUGCAAGUUUUAUAAUCCCAUCACAAUAAUUUAAUACUUAUAGUAAUUAGAUACAAUAGAACUGGAUUACGUUGAUGUCAUUUCAAUCUGUCUUGAACUCACAACAUGAGUUCAUACAUAGAGUGCGCUGUUAGUUUUAAACUCUAAUUGUAGAAAUGGAUAUGACGUUUUUAGUGUUAAUAAUUAAUUUAUUGGCAUUUUGACAAUUGAUUGUUUUAGUUAUUGUUUGAUCGUUGGUAGAAGUCGUUGACUUGAUGAAUAUUGAAGUUGUUCAAUCUUGCAACUUUACUGCAUCGCUAACACCAUCUGGCGGUUACAUUACAUUUUUUAUUUCUAAGUAUUAUUAUUGUUCUGAGUGUUACGAAUCGGUCUUCAGACACUAGGAGUAUUGCAAACUCGUUUGGACAAACUAACGAACAAAACUUUUAGUUUCAGCGUUAUAAUAAAAUGCUGAAGUUAACACAAAAAAUACAUUAGUUCGUUCGUUUGUAGCAAUGAAUAUGCGAUACUUCUGAAAGGGGUCCACACUUACAGAAGAGACGCCCAAACUUUUGAUCAAAAAUUUUGACUUAGCUUUGGUAUUAAAUAACAAUCUGAUCAACGAUUUGUAACAUUCCUUGUUAAGUUUUUAUUAAUAACUUGCUGUUGAUUUGAAUUUGAGCAUCCUUAUUGACUGUUACACUGUUUUAUUUUGACGCUUUUUGACUUAGGUUAAUGUAAUUCGCUUGUUUUACUAUAAAUAUAGCCAAAUAUACACAAUUAUUAAUCGUAUUUUUAAGAAGUAGACAGGAUAGCCAGGUUUUCAAUUCAUACACACAUCUUAGCCGUAUACCUUAAUAUUAUGUAAGUAGCUAUAAUUAAUGUAAUGUAAUUUAACGGGGUUUUAUUCAUAUAAAUGAUGGUAAAUACUACGAUUCUAAUGACAGAAGUUUUGUUACAAUGUAUAAUCACAUUAUGAAUAAGGCCCUUUAAGGACAUAAGCCAAGUUUUUCUAUAAUCAAAACAAUAGCUUUAUGUCGGUAGUGGUUUACAACGAAAUAAAUAAAAUAAAUACAAAAAAAACCGUGUACUUUAUGUAAUAGAAUAUGUUAUUGGUGUUUCUAACUAGGGCCUCCAGUCCCAACUUUAACUAGCGUCAUAUCCAUUUUAUUAUUAGGUACGAAGGAAAAAAAACAUAUUCGAGUCAAAGUGACAAUUUUAUUGCUUCCCGGAGAGGCAAUUGUUUUGGAAUUAAUUUUAUAAACAAUUUCACGUAGUUUUUAUUAAUUUUCAGUAACUGACAGCGCAUUAGGUACACUUUGUCUACUAAUAAUAUGUCACUGAGGCAUUUACGUUGCGACGUGGUUUAUUUUCUGUUCUUGAUUAAAUUCUGGUCUGUAAUUUAUGAUGAAAAUUCUCGUCGUCUCGUGAAAAGAGCGACUCUUUCGAUUGGUGUAUUCUAGUCCUUAAUGUGUAAAAAUUCAGAUUAUAUUUGUGAUAGUGUCGUGAUUGUCAAAAUUUACUGUGCGGCGCGCACCGUAUGGGAAAUACUUAGAACUUGGAAAAGUAAAACAAAAAAUAGAGGUACAUCUUUUGGAUAUUACUUGUAAAUUUCAUACGGUCAAAUUAAGUACCGUUAUGUGUAAAAAUUCAAAAUUAAGGUUAUUGGCGUAUGGUAAACUAUAAAAUUGUAAAAUUCAAAAUUGCUUAGAAUCUAGUAUGUUUACUAUUAGGCAGUUAAAUCGUGUUUGGCAUUAGGUAAUCGAAGUGUUUUCGGUCACAAUGUUUAAAAUUAAAUAAAAAAUGUGCAAUGUAUAUAAAAAUUAGGGAUGUGAUGUGACGAUAUAUACCUUAAUCGAUGUUUAGACAAAAACAUAAAGUACUAACUACAUGUGAAUGAUAGUUUUUUUCGGUAAAAAGUGUUUUCUGUAAAAUCACGACAAUUCAUGAAAUCUUUAUGUUCAAUCGUGUUAAUGUUACUUUCUGUAUAAUUAUGUUAAUUUUAAUAUUAAUAAAUAAAUAUGUUAUUUUACUUAUUAAAACUUGAUGCCAUGUUUUAUGAUUAUUUUAGCGUUAGUGAAACUGUGUUUAUUGAUGCAUUAUUAUAUUUUUAUAAAAGUUACUUUUUGUACUGUACUCGACAUUUUAGUCGAAUAAGGACGAUUUGUAAUAAUUUAGUGUUGACUUAUGUUAGUUGAAUUUAUUUUUAAUGUCAUAUUAAUGAACAAAUUAAUUUAAAUACUAACCCAUUAUUUUAUUGUGAACAUAUUAACAACGGAAAAUGCUUCUUGUGUCAUUGAAAAUAGUGACUAUUAUUGCCGAACGGUUAGCUAUAAUUAUUUUAAAAAAUAAAAAAGAUGA